UGGGAUGGCGACCCUGGGAGGUUGGGACUGGGAUCCCCGAGAAGGCAGGUGGGAGCAGGUGGAGGAGGAAGGAGAGCCAAGUGGACACAAAGGGGAAGCCGGACUUUGGGCGAGCGGGGGUCGCCAAGUCAUCGGGAGCCGAGGGACUCGCCAUCCCCGGCCUCUGAGCAAUCCACAUGCAAAGACUGUCUGUGACCCAGCUUCCAGCCUGCUGAAACAUGGAGAGGAAAAUGCCAUCCCGAGAGAGCCCUCGAAGACUCUCUGCCAAGCCAGGCCGAGGCCCAGAGAAUAAAAGAGUCACUCGGCCGCUCGGUGUGGUGGCUGCCGACUCAGACAAGGACUCCGGCUUUUCAGAUGGGAGCUCAGAAUGCUUGAGCUCCGCAGAGCAGAUGGAGUCAGAGGACAUGCUGAGUGCCUUGGGCUGGAGCCGGGAGGACAGGCCGAGGCCAAGCUCCAAAGCUGCAAACAGUGCCUUCCCUGCACUGUCCUCUAUGGUGGUCAUGAAGAACGUGCUGGUCAAGCAGGGCAGCAGCAGUUCAUCCCAGCUCCAGUCCUGGACUGUCCGGCCCUCCUUUGAGCUGAUCUCAGCACAACCACAGCUCUUCGUCCUUCAUCCUCCGGUACCGUCUCCUGUCAGCCCGUGCCAGACUGGUGAGAAAAAGUCCGACUCCAGAAACUACUUGCCCAUUCUAAACUCUUACACCAAAAUAGCCCCCCACCCAGGCAAAAGGAGCCUUUCCCUCAGCUCCGAAGAAAGAGGAGCAGGUGGGAUACCGAAGAAAGUCUGCACCGAGAGACUGGGGCCAGGUCUGUCUUCCAGCGAGCCAGCCAAGCCUGGCCCCGCGCUCUCCAGUCCUUCCACCCCAGCCCCGCCCAGCUCCAAACCCACCGAGGACCCAGCUCUGCAGGGAGUGCCCUCCCUGGGGGCUGGCGGGAGUCCACAGACCCUUCAGCCGGUGUCCAGCAGUCACGUGGCUAAAGCCCCCAGUCUGACCUUUGCCUCGCCCGCCAGUCCGGUGUGCGCGGCAGACAGCACUCUGCACGGCUUGGAGAGCAGCCCCCCGCUCUCGCCGCUGUCAGCCAGCUACAGCUCGCCGCCGCCGCCGCCGCUGUGGGCCGCCGCCGAGCACCUCUGCCGCAGCCCAGACAUCUUUGCGGAGCAGAGGCAGAACAAGCACAGGCGCUUCCAGAACACCUUAGUGGUCCUCCACAAGUCGGGUCUGCUGGAGAUCACCCUGAAAACCAAGGAGCUGAUUCGUCAGAACCAAGCUACCCAGGUGGAACUAGACCAGCUGAAGGAGCAAACCCGGAUGUUUAUAGAGGCCACCAAGAGCAGGGCACCUCAGGCGUGGGCCAAGUUGCAGGCAUCACUAACGUCUGGGUCCAGUCAUUCGGGCAGUGACCUAGAUGCAUUGUCUGAUCACCCAGACAUAUAGCACAGAGGCGUUCCUCAGUUAUUUGAGUGGUUCUCUCAACUCUUUUGCUAUUACUACCUACACUUGGUGUCCACAGCCUGUUGAAGAGCUUUUCUUUCUAAACUCACUCACAAAGCCACGUGCCAGCCCCUGGCUGCCAUCUUAAUCUGUGGUUUGUGCACAGGUUAAGUGUGUUUAUGUUCCUCAGAGGACCUUCAGUUGGGAGUAUCUGUGAGUCCCUUUCCCUUAGCCUGCAGGAAAGAUGACUACUGUGUGGGUCUCUUCCAGCUUCCCCCUCACUAUCCAUGAUCCAAGGCCCAGUGAUAUGGAUGAGCGCACACUUGUCAAACCAAGGAGUGGGUGACCUAAAGAGUCUUCUUGGCCCUCCCUCAAGCAUCUUAGUCACAGCGAAAAAGAAGAGACUGUGUUUGUAUUCUACCAGGCAUCAUGCCAGUUGGGCAAAACCUAAAAUGCUCUGGGCACAGGUUGUGCCUGGGUGCAAGCAUUUAAUCACGUAAGGCUUUGAGUCUUAUACUUGGAAGUUAAGGGAGAAAGGGCAGAGCCAUCUGACUCACUGAUCACACACCAGAUCUCACACAAGUGGGCAAAUACUUCAGAUUUUUAAAGUAUAGACUUGGGUUCAGUACCAUCUGGAAUUGUAGUUGAUGAAUUGCUUUUUGAUUAAAGGGUCAGAGAAAGCCAGCAUUUUUUUUUUUUUUGUCACUAGCUGGAAAGUUUUGUUAAUUCAUGCUUGAAAUAGCACAACCUGUCUUACAUCUAAAAAGCCUGAGACAGGACUGCAAGAUGGCUCAGUGAGUACGUGCUUGCUGCCAAGCCAGAUGACCUGAAUUCGAUCCCUGAACCCACACGGUGGGAGGGGAGAACAGGCACUGCAGUCAGUCCAUCCUGUGCGUACACACACACACACACACGCACGCACGCACGCGCACACACACACACACACACGCACGCACGCACGCACGCAACAUGCAUGAUACAUAAAUGAACAUAAGAUUAAAAACAAGCCACCAUCAACAUUAAAACAAUCAAAAGCUUGAGGUGGCUUUGGUGGGUCCUCAGAGUCUGGCCUAAGUUUCCUCUGCUGUCUCUGGUCUGUACCUCACCCAGCUGUUGUAGGAGGGAAGGAGACUGUGCUUAGACCUUUUGAAUUAAGGAAAACCCUGAGGCUAGAACAAGGCCACGGAGUCAGGAAGGCUCCUUCCCUGUUCACGUCUGAGUUCUCACCCAUCCCCUGUGGUGAUGGGGAGCCACUGUGGAGGUCUUGUGUCUUGUGUUAGAUGUGGCAGGAGAGCAGAGGUGUGGUGUCCCUCUCAGGGGCUGGCCUUAGGACGGAGAAUGUGAGACACAUUCUUUUUAGCUUCCCUGUGCUGGUAACUAAAAUCUAAACAGUAAAGACUCAAAGGGUUGUAUCCGCUUGUUUACAAUCUUCAUCCUCCUGAAAAGCUUUGUUUUUCACAAAUUAACUUGGUUUCAUGACCAGCAAGCAUCUUCCUGCAGAGAGAAUGCUCAUGGGCUUUACUAGGUCCAGAGUUAAGGGUCACAUCUGUUAGGGAGUGGUUGUAAUUCUAACAUAGUUUAAAAAUUGUAAGACUCAGGUUGACUCUACUGUGUUCAUGAAGACAUACGAUUUGGAUAUGACUGGUUGAAAAGAUAAUCAGCUUGGUAAAAUCUCUCUACUCUCUGGUCAACACAGAAUUAUUACCUGGCAUUUGCUUUCUGAAAGAGUCCCCCAAUGAGAGCCAGUGCCCUGGGCAGACUCAGCUGCCUGCGAUACGCUUCCCUGAGUCCGUGUGGUCGCAUAGCUGCUCCACUCUCACUCCACUAGGAAGCUUCCCUCUUUGGCACACUGUUUGGCAGGAAAGCUGUAGAGACAGGUGCAGUCAGAGCAGCCUGGGCACCAGCCACAAGUUUUACCGAACGUCAGAAGGCUGGAAGCACUUGCUGAGAACCAAAUGUGCUCCAUUGGAAAAGCCCUCUGUGGAGCUGUAAGCCUCUUGGACUCUUCCUCCUAGAUAUGGGUUUUCGUUUCCCUUCUAUCCCCAUAAAAGAUGAUGAAAGCCACCAUAGAUCUUCGCUGCUGAGUGGCAGAGAGGGUUAGCACUCUCCAGUCACCGCUCCUCCGUGAUCUUAGAGCCAUGGCUGCAAGUCCCUAGGCUGUUAGCAUAGUGUUCUCUUCCUGGUGGAGCUGGAAGCAGAUGGACUCCAGUAGAGAAGCUAGAUCUUAGAAGGAGCAAUCCUUGGAGGUCAGAGGCUAGACCAGCAUUUGGAGGAAGCCUGGAGUGGACCGGAAAGAUCUACAUUGGUUGCCCAAAGCUGUAAGUAGCAAUGGCCUUAGUGGUGCAUGCUCUAAGUCCUUCUGAAGCAUUGUGCAGGGCUGUGAGAAGUGUAGCUCAGUCCAGCCCAUAGGAGACCCUUUGUCAGGUUGGAUUGGCAACAUCGGAACACCUUUAGAAAGGUUCCUGAUUGAAUUGGUUAUAGAAUUUAACGUUUGUAAUUUACUACGCUGUUUUAUCGAUUAUAGUAUUGUCUGACUUCUUCUCUAGUGUGAUUCCUUCAGCACACACGUUACUCUUGCACAUGUACUUAAGUGGGUUUUUUUUCAGCCACAACCUCUUAGGGUAGAGACUAUUUACCAAAUGUGAAUUCUUUUAAGAAAGUGUGAAGUUAUGUAGAAAUUGACUGUGAAAUGUCAGCGGGGGAAAAAAAAUAAAAGUCACUUACUUGAAAACUA